ACAGCAAGCAAAGCAAUGGCAUUGGCAUGGCAAUGAACCUUUUCUAGAAUAUAAGGUUGGGGGACAGAGAAAUGGCUGCUUCGUCAUCUCUCCUCCGUUCCACGCCGCUGCUCUCUUCUUCCUUCGUCCGACGUCGCUUGCCCCUUGUCGGGGCAUUUUGCAUGCUAAGCUUGGGGCUUUCCAAUCUCUGCCCGACUCUCUCGUCUUCCUUGAAAACGGGUUCUGUUCAGUCUCUCCACUUCCUCCCCAUCUUGCGGGCAAAAUUCAGUACGGAAGCGAAAUCCAGCACCGUGAGAAUGGAAACCGGCGGCAACACUGUUCCCAGCAUCGUCGUUUAUGUUACCGUUCCCAAUAGAGACGCUGGAAAGAAGCUGGCUCACAGCAUUGUCAAAGAGAGACUUGCAGCCUGCGUAAAUAUAGUUCCAGGUAUUGAAUCAGUUUACGAGUGGAAGGGAGAGAUCCAGGCAGACUCUGAAGAACUACUCAUAAUCAAGACCCGUCAGUCCUUGCUGGAAGCACUCACGGAACAUGUCAAAGCAAACCAUGAAUAUGAUACACCGGAAGUCAUCUCGUUGCCAAUAACCGGUGGCAGCAUUCCGUACCUAGAAUGGCUGAAGAACAGCACCCGGGACUAACCGGCACGCAAGAAGCUUGGAUGCUAGACCACUGAGUCUGUAAUGCAGGGUCUGUAUUUGGGGAGGAGUAAGGCAUAUACGUAAUAGGAUAAGAUCAUGAGUUUCCAGCUAUGAAAGGAAGGUGGCUAAUCCCUAUAGACACGUUCGAUGAGUGUAUACAAUGUUUGUUUUAGUUUGCUGUUUAUCCUCUCGGAAUAAAGAAAUCAUGACUUCCUUGAGAUCUCGCGUUUUCUUAUUAGUUGGUUUCCAGAUGAUAAUGUCUCUUUGUUUCAUACUCUUAACCAAGGAUUUGAGGGAUUGCAUAAGGGGGCUGUGUACUUGUAAGUUGUAAUUGGGCUGGCAAUUCCCGUUGGAAGAAUCAUACCGCCCUUUCGGCGAGAUCGCUGUCAGCCAACCAGCUAAGACUUGGGUAUCUUAACAGUCGAUGAGGGCUGCAUUUCCACAAUUGUCUUUAUCUAGUUUGAUGCCUCUUUUGGUGAUGAGGAAUCCUAAGAAUUUCCC